CAUCAAUCCUAAAUACCGGAAAGUCUCCUUCUUGGCCACCACUUGCCCGUCAAGGCUAACGUCACCAUCAUCAUGUGUAGCCAUGCUAAAAGUGCACGUCAUGUACUCGGUCUUUGUUCUAUUAAGUAUGAAGCCUUUCGACUCUAACUUGUCCUUCCACAGCUCUAACUUUCUCUUUACCCCUGCCCUACUCUCGUCAACUAGCACCACAUCAUCAAUAAAGAGCAUACACCAAGGGAUAUCACCUUGUAUAUCCCUU